CUAGAAUAACGCCCAACCCUAGUCAGAUGAUUGAUUUGACUCUUAUUAUUUUACUUAUUUUUUUGUUACGCACAGACAUUUAUAAAUAUUUGUAAUUUCGCUACAUUUUUGUUACCACAUUGGAGUUCUACAAAAACCCAGCUCAGCUUAAGCUAUAUUCAACAACCCCAACUCUUUUCCAAUUUUCUCUCUCUCUUUCUCUCUCAAAAUUUGAAGGUUUGUUUGAUUACUAAGGUCUCCAGGCAAGCUCUACAAUGGCAGAUAUACUGACUGAGGAACAGAUUGUUGAGUUCAAAGAAGCCUUCUCUCUCUUUGACAAAGAUGGCGAUGGUUGCAUCACUAUUGAAGAAUUGGCGACUGUGAUUCGGUCUUUGGAUCAAAAUCCAACAGAAGAUGAACUGCAGGACAUGAUAAGCGAAGUUGACUCUGAUGGAAAUGGGACGAUAGAAUUUGCAGAGUUUUUGAGCUUAAUGGCCAAAAAAAUAAAGGAAACUGACGCUGAGGAGGAGCUCAAAGAAGCUUUCAAAGUUUUUGACAAGGAUCAAAAUGGAUACAUAUCAGCUAGUGAGUUGAGGCACGUUAUGAUCAAUCUAGGAGAAAAACUGACGGAUGAAGAAGUAGAGCAGAUGAUCAACGAGGCGGAUUUGGACGGUGAUGGCCAAGUUAACUUUGAUGAAUUCGUCAAGAUGAUGAUGACCGUUGGAUGAAAAGUGAUGGUCAGCAUGAUUGACGGACCAUGAUAACCUUCAAUAUUUAUUUGUUUCAUUCAUGCAAGAAAUUAAUAAGCAAGUGCCAUGUCGUUUGUUAUUAUCAUUACUUGUUGUAGUUGACAAAUUAAGAUGCCCAUGACCAAAAGAUUAGAAUAACUUGUACUCUCCAAUUCUAAAAAAUUGUAUUCCUUCAUUGCCAGUUCAUCAUUUCAAAGAUCAUAUGUUAUUUAAUUGAAAA